AUGUUCUCCUACACUCUUUUGUCACCUGACAAUGAGAACACUGUGAUACGGGCGUCUUUGUUGUACUUUGAUCCAGGUAUCAAUAUUUUUGCCGAUCCAAGUUGGGAUGGUGUGGCAGAUCUCUCUUACUUGGACAAGAUCAUUCCUCAAAUAAACGUCAUUCUCUUGUCACAUCCUACGGCAGAUUUUAUUGGCGGGUUUGUGUAUCUGCUGCAAAAGUAUCCAGUGCUGAAAACACUUCCGAUCUACUCGACAUAUCCAAUUACCAAUCUCGGAAAGGUGUCCACCACAGAGUUGUACAGGGCAAAAGGACUUGUGGGGCCCUUAGAAGGUUCUAUUAUGGAAAAAUCUGACAUUGACGAAUGCUUUGACUCAAUCAUACCUUUGAAGUACUCCCAAUCAACUCCUCUUACCGGUAUUGCACAGGGACUCAGUGUCACACCCUACAAUGCGGGGCACUCUUUAGGUGGUACUUUUUGGUCUAUCAACUACAAUAAUGAAAAAAUAGUAUACGCUCCAGCAUGGAACCACUCAAAGGAUAGUUUUUUGAAUUCUGCAACGUUCCUUCAGUCCAACGGUCAUCCUAUCCCUCAAUUGGUAAAACCUGCCAGUGUUAUUACCGGAAGCGACCUAGGCUCUUCCCUAUCCUACAACAAAAAGUUAGAAAAGUUUUUUACUUUGGUAGAUGCCACCAUUGCUCAGAAUGGAACCGUAUUUUUGCCCACAUCAAUGUCCGGUAGAUUUUUGGAACUACUUCACCUUAUGGACCAACACUUGGGAAAUCAACCGAUUCCAGUGCUGCUGGUCGCAUUCACAGGUUCCAAAUCACUGUCAUUAGCAGGAAAUAUGCUGGAGUGGAUGUCUCCAAAGAUUAUAAAAGAUUGGGAAGAAAGAAACGAAACUCCGUUUGACCCGUCGAGGGUGCAAUUGGUCGAUGUUGACGAUUUGGUCCAGUUACCAGGAGCUAAGGUAGUGUUCACAGCUGAUGCGGAUCUGACUAUAGGCUCUACUGCUCACUCAACCCUGGCAAGCAUCUGUAUUGACGAGAAAAAUACGAUCAUAUUUACUGAAAGACCUACAAACUCAAGUUUUGGUGCCUCCAUUUAUGAGAUUUGGGAAAAACUGACUUUAGAACGAAAUGGAAAGCUUGAAGAUGGGUUCCCUGUUCCAUUUGAGAAAUUACUUACAUUCUCCAGAGUCACUUUAAAGAAGUUGACUGGACUAGAGCUAGCCCAAUAUACUGAAAUAGUGAACGAGAGAAAGCAGGAGAAGAGGAAAAAGAGGCAAGUUGAAAAGAUGAAUACUACCAUUCUCGCUGAUAAAAGCAUUGAUAUCAACAAGCCAAUCUCUGAAUUUGAUCCUGCUGCUGUAAAGGCCCUUGAAGAAGAUGAAGAUGAAGAUGAAGAGGAGGAUAAAGAGGAUAUUGGUGUUGAAGAGACAGCGAAUGACGAAAGAGGAAACACUACAACUACCGCAGUGGCUUCCACUAAGAAACAGGAGAAGGACAUUUAUAAGAUUCCAUUGGACUUUGACGUUAGAAAUGCCAAGGGAAGAAACAGAUUGUUUCCUUACCAUUCAAGAAUUCAAGAGACGGAUGAUUAUGGUAUCAAAAUUGACCAUUCUGACUUUGUCAAAGAAGACAAAAGUGAAGAAUUCAGUCGAAUGCUAGAUAAUAAGUUGAAAAGAAACAAUAGAGGAAAGGGAAAUGGUCAUAUGGGAGACGACGACGAUGAUGAUGAUGACGACGAUAAUGACGAUGGAGGUGAAAACGGUCCUGCCAGAAAGAGGAGAAGAAAUGCUAAAAGUGUGAAAGAGACAAUCUACAACUUCGACCCUCUAGUGAACCCAGAAAGACUGCAAUUAACUAGUAAUAUGAUUACUGCAAGAUGCGGGUUGUCGUUUAUUGAUCUUUCAGGAACGGUUGACCUUCGUUCUGUGUUGUUGAUUCUUAAUUCUUUGAAACCAAGGAAUUUGUUGAUUCUUCCGGGUAGAAAAUCACACCGUGAGAAGACUGCAGAAUCUAUUGUCACUUCCAUAAAGUCCAAAAACAGUAGAAACACACAAGUCUACGUAACAAUACCAGAUGAGGCUAUAGAAAUGGAAAGUGCGCAAGCUACUUUAGAAGUCAAAUUGGCAGACACUUUAGAAUCGGAAUUGCAAUGGCAGAACAUUGCAGGAGGAUACAGUGUUGCCUAUGUCAAUGGUGUUUUAGAAACUAUCACCGAUAAAAAGAUUGAAUCACAGACGACUGAGAACGAAGACGAAGGAGACAAGAACAAAGAUGAGUCACACUACCAAGAGUUGGUGUUGAAUCCUCUGGAUCAGCUUUCGACCUUAAAGAGUACAGCACCACUAGCCAUUGGUGACAUCAGAUUGAGUGAUUUAAAAACAAGAUUGUUGGGCCUUCAACUCAAGGCUGAGUUCAAAGGUAAAGGUACCUUGGUAAUUAAUGACGAGAUCAUGAUCAAGAAACUCAAUGACGGUGAAAUCAUGAUUGAUGGAACUUGUAAUGAGUUAUUUUAUGUCAUACGAAGUGCAGUUCAAGGCAUGUUAGCAUAUGUGUAA